UGUAUAAUGCUUUGUAUACAUCUUGUUGGAAUGCAAUGAUUAAAAGGUGUAGACCAAAAUAUGCGGACAUCAUCAUGGUAUUUGCUAUCUCCACAACUGAUGACACUGUGGGAAUGGUUCCAUUCUCUGAGCUUAAUUACAUCAGAGAAUGUGCAUGAAUUGGAUGGAUUUGUGCUGUGUGAUGCCAUAAUACAAGUCAUCUGUUGGCAUAUCAAAAUUCAGCAAACUCUCAUCAGAUACAGACCUUUUAGAUACAGCACCUGUUCAUCAGAGUGAGACGCCUAUCAUUGAUAAAACCUUUAAUCAGAGACACACUGUUUAAGACAGACUGAAACCACAGAUUGUGAUUCUACAGCUUGAAUCCACCAGCAAAUGGAGUCAGCCAGGAUGCUGCUGGACUGUGAGACAGAGGAGGCACUCCCUAAACAAGAAGAGGAGUUGAAGGCUCAAGUCCAAACUUACGAAGACAAGGACGAGGCGCUUGCUGCCAAGCUGGAGGACCAGAAUAAAGAAAUAGAGUCUCUUCACCAACAGGUGAAGGACACAGACAAGGCCCUCCAGAGUGCUAAGAGAGAGUGUGAGGCACUCCAUCAAAGGAUUAAGUACAUGAAUGGUAUGGUGGCUCGAGAGGGUGCGAUGAGAUACCAGGACGAAUCCAGGACGAGAAAAGGGCUUUACCGACAACUGAGUGAGGUAAAAAGGCAGUUGGAGGAAGAGAGGAGUUUGAAGAACAAGUUUAUGGCAGCGGAGAAGAAAGCAAGGAACGAAGCAGAACGGUUGCAACAGCUCCAGAAUGUCUUCAGCAAUGUGAAGCCUGCUCAAGAUGAGCCUGAAAAAUUGGAAGCAGUGAGAGUUGACUACAGCAACAGCAGAAAAAAGUUCACUGCACAGAUCAAGGAGGAACAAGACAAGAACAUGGGUCUGCAACGAGAACUUGAGCUGAUAAAAGUUUUAUACAAUGAGAUCAAGCUCAAGUAUGAAACUGAGCUCAAGUUUGAGAAAGAAAAAAAUAACACUCUACAGAAAGAGCUGCAACAGGAGAGAAGAUGUCAUGGAGAAAGGAUUUCAGCCGAUCUGGAGCUUGUUAAAAAGCUGAGGACCAACAAGGAUCAUCUGCAUCAGCAGAAGGAGGAGGAAAUCCGAAUCCUGCAGGAAGAGAGGGAGAGGUCAUUUGCCAAAGAGUUUGAGGAUCUCAAAUCACAACUCAAAGAGCUGACUUUAACCAACCUCAAACUCACUGCCAACAUCAAGGCAGAGGAUGAGGACUCUCAGGACCUUCAGCAGAAAAAUGCUGAGCUACAGGUGGUGCAGCGGGAAAAGGUGCCCCUCUGUGAUUCGCAGGCCCUCAAGCUCCUGGAGGAGGUUGAUGUCUCAGCAGAAAAUCUCCCAACAAAAAAUAAGAAGCCCUCGUUAUGGAAAAGAUUCCGCCACUUCGUGGGAUUGAAGAGGAGAAAGAGGAAGAAUCCAGAGUGUAACUAACAUAGUAU